UACCUAACUAACUAAUCUAUGAAUGAAAUGAAACUUUACCUGCCUGAUUAUGUGCUGAUGCUUUUUGAACUUUUUGAAUAAUGGAACUAGAAGAGCUAUUAAAAUUAUUUGAAAAUGUUGAAGAUAUAACUGACCCCUCCUUAAUGGAUAAUAUUCUAGCACGUUUGGAAGAAAUUCAAGCGGAAGAUGACGAAUUUAUGCAGAUACUUUUGAAAAAACAGCAUCUAAUGGUCAUAACAUGGCAUCAGCCAUGGUAUCAAAAGUUUAACAGCCUUACUAGAGCUAUGAAACCAAUUAACCAUGAUGAAAAAGACACAUUUCGAACUGAUUCUAUAAGUUCUGAAGAAAGUAAAAAAAUACACAAAAAUUGGAAGAAGUUUCAGAAGAUAUUUGGUGUUCCAAAUAAACCAAUAUGUCUCGCCAGGUGGAGAAAUAAAGAGAAAAGUCGCAACCCUAACACUGCCGAGGAAUGCGUAAGAAGAUUUGUUAUAUCCUUUCUAGCACGGGGCUUGGAGAGAAAUCUUUGUCAAGUAUAUAAAUAUGUUGUGACCCAUUAUGGUGUUACAAUUAAGGGUAAUUACAGUAAAAAUGAAGAAAAUAUAAUGGAGGUCUGUGCUUAUCAUUGUCCCAAGAAUGCAGUUCCAUAUUUGGCAGCAGUUUUAAGUCGAGAGUGCCGAGGCAUUUAUAAAAGAAUUUCGCAGAUGGCACAUGGAAACCCUUACAAACAAGUCUCAAAAAGGAAAUGGACCUUACCAUUGGCAACUAAAUUAUUGAAACUACUCAUGGAAUAUACUGGUGAAACUGUGGUUGACAAUUUAAAACAGAGGCGAUUUGAGAGGUCAAUUUGGUUAAAACUGGAAAAAGAUAUGGAACAAUACAACUAUUAUCUGCAAAGGUUUUGGCAUGACCAACUUCAUAUCCAAUUAUUUGUUAAGGCAGAUGUGAAAACUAGAAGACUAAAAAGGAAAAUAUUUAAAGUAUUAAAACAUUAUCCUUAUAAGGUGUGGACUGAUAUUCGAUGGAAACAAGUAGCUAAGCACUUUCCAGAUGGGUUUAGUCCUGUUUUUUUAAAUAAAGUAUGUUAUUCCUUGAUCUACAAAUCUUUUCCGGGUUAUCGUAAACAACCACUAGAAGAUGUAAUAAAUUAUGGAAUAGAAAAGACUAAAUUUUGUCGCAACAGAAGACUAAAAAAUUUAGUUUUAAAUGAAAGUCAGGAAUUAGAAUUCAUAAGAUAUGACAAUAAAUUGAAAUUGAUAUUUUGAUUUGGCAAUUGUUUUAUUCUCUAUCUCUUACUAAUAACUUGGUGUAUUUUCUAACAUUUGUAAUAUACAGUUAUUUCAUUUUGAGUAGUCAGGUGAAUAAAAACCCUUUGAAAAA